CAGUAAAUGGAGGACAGAAGAGGAGGACAGUAAAGGGAGGAGAGAAGAGGGAGACACUGAAGGGAGGAGAGAAGAGGAGGACACUGAAGGGAGGAGAGAAGACCGGGACAAUGUCAACAGUGAAGCAACGUCCUUUGACCAAAUACCCCCCCACUCUCUUGAUUCGCUUGAGACAGAGAAGAGACGUGAAGAAAGAGAUGCUACAUUUGUGGAUGAUAACAGGGCGGACCUCAUUCAGAGGGUUACCACGGUGAAACUCAUAGCAGAAACACUUCUCCAGUGGCGUAUGAUCCACAAAGAGGCGUACCUUAAUAUCUGUGCUGCCCAGACCACACCAGAUCAGAUGAGGGAGCUGUACAACGUCUUAAACACAGACAAAGUCAAAUCAGUCUUCUAUAGGCUCCUUCAGAAGGAAGAGCCUUAUUUGGUCCAGGUGCCAGGUGGGCCUGACUGUAUGGAGGUGGAUUGCUGUGGACAGACUAUGUGCAUUGGGCAGAGCAGCG